CCCGAGUCCCCGCCCGACAGCGAAGAUGGCGGCGGCCGCGCGGGGUUUGGCGCUGGGUCGGGCUGUGCGCGAGCUCCGCAUCCACCUCUGCCCGCGCUCGGGCGGCAGCCGCGGCGCCAGGGACUUCGUGGAGCAGCACUACGUGACCCUGAAGAAGGCGAACCCCGAGUUCCCCAUCCUGGUCCGUGAGUGCUCGGGGGUGCAGGCCCGGCUCUGGGCCCGCUAUGAAUUUGGCAAGGAGAAGAGUGUGCCACUGGAAAACCUCACCACGGAGCAAGUAAGCAAGGCCUUGGAGAACCUUGUGAAAAACAAGGUGUGAGGACAGACAGUAAAUACACAGAUGCUGAAGACUUCGCUGAUGAUCUUUAAUGUAAAACAUGUGUCUUUAAUUUAUCAAUCGCAUGAACACAG